GAUUUUGUUUUUAUUUUAUUUUUACUCCACCACUCGGUCGGUUAGCCAGCUGCUGGCGGUUGAUUCAAGUCCGUGUUCGAUUUGAAAACUGCACACUCGUAAAGUGUUUUUUCCUUCGAACUAACCGGAGUUACCGAACAGCAUGGGGCAGUUUGUGAGCAAAACUUGGAACGACGUCCACGAAGGCGCCGAACAAAGCACCCCGCUACCGGCUCGCAGGCAGUCCGGUGUGUUGACUCUGUCGUCGUUGGACCCUCGCUCGCCAACCACCGAAAUUCAAAGGACACCGAUACAGCUGGAAGGCGACUGGCCCGACGCGGUGACGCCAGAGGCCGAGGCAGGGGACGACCCCAGGUCCCCCACGAGGCUGUUUCAAAGGACGCCGAUCCCCAUGGGGAAGAUGCUCCCGGAUGGGGAGUCUGAGGACUCAUUCAGCAACAUGAUCGAAGACUCGGCGUCUCGGGCUUUUCCUUCCGAAGGGAACCGCAUUGUUCCCAAAGAGGGAAAAACCAAAGCCAGCCUACAGAAGAAGGUGGCCAAGAAGCGAGCGGACACUCCCGGAAGUGUCGAGCGAACCCCGCUCAAAAACACUAGCAGACCCAACACCCUGCUGCGAUCCGUCCAGGAAAGUCAGCACCAGAGGCAGGGAAAGUCAGACCCACGGCCUGGUGUCAGGCGAGGACGGAGCCCGGCUGGGAAGGAGAACGGCAUCGUGAUUGCUUGAUGCAUGUUGCACUCUUAUAUAACAUGUCACAUUUACUAGUACGCUCUUCUUUGUAAGCUGCGCUAAACGGGAUUUUGACCAUGCAACUUUGACCAAGUAGAGCAGCAAUUGAAUGUAGAUUUAAAAAAAAUAUAUAGCCAGAGUGUUUGAAUAAGUAUGACCUAUGCGACGUACUGAGGCCAUGAUUGCACCACUCGAUUAAAAACAAGACUGGCGUGUUUUGUUUGCUUAAACCUAUUUUUUUUUUGCGAGCCUAGGAUAGUGACUAAAAAAAAAAUGUAUUUAGUGCUGUUGCCUAUUCUGGCAUUGGUGACAAAGAAGAGCAUAGGUAGAUGUGCAUCAUGGCUGGACUUAUUGAACUUGGUGGCAGGUCGUGUCAUCUAGCCACUGAGUACAAUUUAUAUUUAAAAAAUUCAGGUUGUGGUGAUUCUUUGGCUCCAGGGUCAUUCUGUCCAUUUCGAAAUCCUUUGUACGGUGAGGCAUGACGUAGAUUAGUUUUUAUUGCAUAUUCUGCCGAAUAGAUUCCGCUCAGUUGCUCUAUUUAGGCAAGUCAGAAUCUUGUUUAGAAGGCAUUUAGCCAAGAGGAGGUUUUAUAUACAUGCACUCUUUUACUUGUAGCAACCAUGUUGUAAGUUGUGUCGUCGUCACUAGCACGGCAGUUGUGCCCGUGCAGUUGGAACAAAAGGAAAGAAAAUCAGCUACACUGAUCUCAUUUCAAUACGCUCUUAUGUGUGCUUGUCUUGGCUGUGUUUUAACCUGCCACAUGUGCUUCACAUGUUUUUAAUGAGACCGGCCCCUUGGGGUUGGAAUGGAGUGUGUCUGGCAAGGUUUCUAGAAAUGUACAGUUGGGAAUAGUGAUUGACAUUUGUCUGUUUUGGGGACGUGGGUGUGCUGGAAAUGCAAAGCCUUUUAUAUGCCACUGCUUGGAUUUUUGUGCACUAGUUUGGUUUACGGGGAUGUUGAACUUGCACAGUUCCACGGAAUUCACUAUAUUCAAGCUUUUAAAAUAAAAGCACUGUUGUAACCUU